GUGCCUACACAACGUGUCGCGUUUACGAACGCGCCGACUGAGGCCGCGUUCGCUUCAAAUGAGUUAGAUUGUUAGAUUAGAGCCGCUUCUAAUAGCCCAUUGUUAAAAUGAUCGUGAUUUGCCGGUAAUUGUUCCGAGAACGCGUAUCGUCCGGCAAAUCAAGAUGCCUUACAUCAUGGUAUUGGGCAGCCUCAGCGCCCCCCAUCUGUCGAAGGACGAAGGCGCGACCGUGUACGGUCUCAAGAGCGAGGAACGAGCCGUGUUAGUGAGGGAGCUGAACUCCUCAUUCGGGGUGACAAUAGCCGUCUCGAACGACCAAGAGCGCACAGUCCGAGUGACACAGAAAGGCCUCACACUGGUCGUCGUCAACCGACUACACGGCUUGCUGGGCUACGACGUGGUCUCCCACUCAAUGGCGAUGACCAACGCCAAUCGCGAACUGGUGUCUUUCUCCAUGUACAAGAAGUCUACUCCGAACAGCCACGCCCACAGCCACGGAGCCAGCAGUCACGGCCACGGAACGAGCAGCCACGGCCACGGACACCCUCAUAGCAGUUCACAUAAUAAAGUCCACACUCAUGGUGACGUUAUAACGACACUUUGAAUGCCUCCCCUGAGUCAAUUGCUAUUAAAUUAUUGUACUUGUGUAAAUAUAGGUAUUAUUAGGGACAUACCUACUAACUUACCAUAGAUAGAUGCAUUUGAAAGCAGAAAAUGAAAUUAGGUAAAUAUAAAUCGAAGUGCUUCCCAUAUUCCGAAAACACAACAUAUAGGUACAUUGACAAUAUUUCGAAAUUGAUGCACGAUAUGCUAUUAAAAAGUCCAUAACAAUAAACAUUGGAAAUUUUAAAAUAA